AUGGUGCGAAAUCCUCCCAUUCACCAUUUUUCCUUCAGGAUGCCAUUCUUUAAAUAUCUUCGCUCUGUUAAGAAUGAGAUUAUCCUCUUCUCAGCUCCAUUUCUUCUCCUUCCACUGCCUUUAGUGAUCGGGACAUCGGAGGCAGAAUGUGGCUAUGUGAUAAUCCUGAUGGCGGUGUACUGGUGCACAGAGGUCCUCCCGCUGGCUGUAACGGCUCUGCUUCCAGCCAUCCUCUUCCCAGCGUUUGGCAUCAUGCAAUCCAAAUAUGUGUGUAUGCAGUACCUGAAAGACACAAACCUGUUGUUUGUGGGGGGGUUGUUGGUGGCAGUAGCCGUGGAGCACUGGAAUCUGCACAAGCGCAUCGCCUUGAGGGUGCUGCUCAUCGUUGGUGUGCGUCCGGCGCUUUUGAUGUUGGGUUUCAUGGGUGUAACUGCCUUCUUGUCCAUGUGGAUCAGUAACACGGCUACCACAGCCAUGAUGGUGCCGAUCGUCCAAGCGGUGCUGCAGCAGCUCAACAACACUGAGGCAGAGACACCUCAGAUCCUCAGCUCAGAGGACCCGGUCCAGACAUCAGACACUGACAGUAAACAGCCUCCACAGAUGGAGAAACAGAGUGAAGGACAAGGCCCAGUGGUGGUGACUUUCUUGGACGCCACAGUGGAGGCUGCCAUGCGUAAGGAGGCAGCAGAAAGGCGGAGAAUGUGUAAAGGGAUGACCCUGUGUGUUUGUUACGCUGCCAGCAUCGGAGGCACCGCCACGCUGACGGGAACCGGCCCCAAUCUGGUGCUCAAGGGCCAGAUGAACCAACUCUUUCCUGAAAACGGAGAUGUGAUUAACUUUGCCUCCUGGUUCGGCUUUGCCUUCCCUAACAUGAUCCUCAUGCUCACGCUGGCGUGGCUUUGGCUGCAGUUUGUCUUCAUGGGAUUCAACUUUAAGAAGACAUGGGGCUGUGGGGCUGUGAAGACAGAGAAGGACAUUGCUGCCUAUAACGUGAUCCGUGAGGAGCAUCGUCGGCUGGGGUCCAUGUCCUUUGGGGAGUUAAAUGUCCUGGGUCUUUUCAUUCUGCUGGUGGUGAUGUGGUUCUCAAGGGACCCGGGCUUUGUCGCUGGCUGGGCGACACAUUUCUUCAACUCCAAAGCAGAGUAUGUGACAGAUGCCACAGUGGCAAUCUUCAUCGCCGUCCUCCUCUUUGUUCUGCCCUCUAAACCCCCGCGUUUCUGUUCGCGCAGGACUCAAAGUUUUGACACAGCACCUCAUCAAACUGUUGGCCCAACUCCACCUCUGCUCACCUGGAAAGUUGCCCAAAAGAAGUUACCAUGGGGCAUCGUGCUUCUUCUUGGCGGAGGUUUUGCUCUGGCUAAGGGCAGUGAAGAAUCAGGACUCUCGAAGUGGUUGGGAGAUCAAAUGACUCCCCUGCAACACAUCCCUCCCUGGGCAAUUGCUAUCAUCUUAUGCCUGCUGAUUGCCACCUUCACAGAGUGCACCAGUAACGUGGCCACUGCGACGCUCUUCCUACCUGUCUUAGCCUCAAUGUCUCAGUCCAUUGGAAUCAAUCCACUGUACGUCAUGGUGCCUUGUACUCUGAGUGCCUCUUUCGCCUUCAUGCUGCCUGUCGCCACGCCUCCAAACGCUAUAGUCUUCUCUUAUGGAUACCUCAAGGUUGCUGACAUGGCCAGGACAGGAAUAGUCAUGAACAUCAUUGGCAUCCUUUGUAUUACACUGGCCAUCAACACCUGGGGCAAGGCCAUGUUUGACCUGGAUACUUUCCCCGCCUGGGCCAACGUCACCGGGGUGUGAGCCUGGUUCUGCCACAGCAGAUGAUCCACACACACCCUGCCCUCCCUAUCCACAGGUGCCAGACAAAGACCUCUGGUCAGAGCGACAGCACGGGACUACACGGCGGGCCGCAUGCGUCCGACUGCUGUUAGAAUACAACGCCCUCAAGGCUUGUUCUCAUUGACACACGAGUCUUGCUUGUGAGAGAAAGUGGCGAUGAAUAUGAUUGGGAAUGGAAGAAGAGUGGUUGAAGAAUGAAAUUCAAAACUUUAUUUUUAUUUACAUUGUAUCAUAAUGAAGUUACACCUUAAAGAAAAACCCCUUAGGCUCCUAAAACAGUAUCGCAUAAAUCAUAUACUAUUCUCAAAUAGAGAGGUUUUAUGAUCCUCCUGAACAGCCACGGAAGGGCUAUUCAUAAGGUCAAAGUUAUUAGAAAUAUUUUAUAUAGUCACAUGUAGCCACAUCUAAAUAGCAAUAAGCCAUACGGUAAUAUAAGAACAUAAUUUUGCACAUUUACUCAAGAACUGCACUUCAGUACAAUUUUGAGGUACUUGUAAUUUAUUUAAGUAUUUAAAUGUUAUGCCGCUUCUGGUUUUACUUCAUUACAUUUCAGAGGAAAAUAUGAUCCUUUUUUUUACAUUUUACUACAUUUUUUUUAUAUUAAGAUAAUAUGAAAUAUGAAUAUACAGUAGAUUAAACUACAUCUAAAUUAGCACCAUCUCAACCAGAUUCAACAUUAAAAUCCUGUUUACAUGUUAAUAUAUUGGUAAUAAUAAUCCAAUAAUAUUACAUAUAACAUAACACUGACAAUGGCAGUUCAGCUGCCUAAUGAGUACUUUUACAAUGAUACAUUUUUGUCUCAAAAUCUGAGAUAAAUGCAAGACUGAUUGACUACUUUUACACUUCGGUACUUCUACUAGUACUAGUUUACUAAGUAAAAAAAAAAAGAAGAAAGAGAAAAAAUACUUCUUCCCCAACUGCUAUCAUGAACUGAAUGUGUUGAAAGCACAUCUUUCUAAAUAGAUUUAAGGUAACAUACCCUGUCGGUUAGGUUUGGUAUUUAUAGAUAAUGGAUUUACAUGUACAAUACAGCAGAGACUUGACAAUAAGUAAACAUGUACUUUUGACCCCUGCGUUGAUCUUUACUGUAAAACAUGUAUGGUGGUUUGUUAUACUUCCAGCAUCAGUUGAACUUUGAAGUGUAUCAUCACUACAAUGCAAGAAACCUAUACGUGCCUUGUACAAACACACUGACUUAUUGUACUGUAAACACAAUAUUUUGAUCAAUACAGUGUGUGCUGACAUUGUGAAAUGUCUCACUGCAAUAAUGAGUUGUGUCUGAAUUGCAAUAAAGUGGUAUUUAAGAGAUGUAUCAUUUUUAAAUUCUCUUCAAUUUCAAGACGUUUGUACCUGUGAAUUGAUGAAUAAAGUCUAUAUCCUCUGGGAG